UACUGGUGUUUGUCCCAGCCCUUCCUCAAGCCAGCUCCAGCCACCAUUGGUCUUUCAGGGGCUUUGCAGGACCUCACAGUCCACAAGCAGCUGACAGCCAUGAAGAUCCUCUACCUGCUCUUCGCUGUCUUCCUCCUCCUCUUCCAGGCUACUUCAGGUUCUGCAGACCCUCUUUAUGCUGACACCGUCGAGUGCCGGAGCCAGGGAAAAUUCUGCCGUGCCGGGGCGUGCCCACCCACCUUCGCUGCCACGGGGACGUGCCACGGGGGGCUGCUGAACUGCUGCUCCAAGUAA